AUCAUCGGUGGUGUGAAUGUCCGGCCGAAUGCCGCUAUCGGUUCCCAAACCGCACGCGAAUUGUUCGCCGCAGUCCUCGCCAGCGGUGACCACGACGUCGAUGGCGUCCACCAAACAGAUGCCGAAGAAGAAGAUCUUCUCCGGGAAUAAGCAGAACAGAGCCGUCUUUAAUAUGAAGAACUUCUGGAGCGAUGGCAACGCGUCCAAGAAGUCCACUCUCAUGUCCAAUAAGACCAAGAACUCCAUCUUCGACGUGCAGUACGUGUGGCGCCCGAAGACUGUCACCAGCGAUGGUAAGGCGCCGGCACUCGUGUCCACACAGACGCUGACAACGAUCACCACAACUACGACGACUACACAGUCGUCGGUGACGUAUUUGACGGCAACGCCCGCGACAGCGCCGGUGGCUGUGGUGACAAAGACUGUGAGGGCGACCACCGCUUCCUCGAAAGCUAACAAAUCUCACGCCAACUCAUUGGCCGCUAACAGCGCCCCGAAAACAGCGCCGCCGGCUGUCCAGCACUCGACUCAGACGACGUACGCGACGCGACGUAUGACCGCCCGGUCGGCCCAGUCGUCGACCACCACUGCCUCCCAACCCAUGGAGCAGUCGGUGCGCACGACCACCAUAUCGUCGGUCGAGACGUCGCGAUCGCAACCGACAGACAAUCAGCUGUUAUUACCGACAGAUAGUAACGAUAGUGACAGUCGUGCGGACAGUCCUAUGGAGGACGUGGAGUCCGUGGUAUCCGACGAGUGCUCCGAGAAGUCGUCGGUGUGUUCGCCGCCGCCGUCGACGACACCAUUAGCUGAUCCAGUGGUCGACGCGACCCAAAGGACUAGUGUUGAUAUCACCGCCACGUCAGCGUCCACUCCAUCGCCGGCCGCCUGUUCUACGGACUCGUCACCGACGCCCACCUCAGCCACAAUCACCACCACUUCCUCCACAUCCACGGCCACCACAACGACAACGACAAGCCAUGUGUCGACUAAACCGAAGCGUAAGAUCUUCUCGUCGAAGAAUAGGGAGCAGAAGAACAGAGCCGUCUUCAGCGCUAAGAACUUCUGGACGUCUGAGAAGACAGAGUUUGACGACGAGUUCGGCGCUGAGGGAGCGACAGGUGGGGAGCCGUCGGCCACCACGUCAUCGGCGGUAAACCCGGCGAACAAUAAUAAGAAUAAAUUGGUGGACGACUUCGACAACGACGAGGAGUAUGUGGUUCUGCAUCGCGUCAAGAAAGCCCAUCAGUGCCACGAUUUGGGCGAAACGGAACAGUUUGACGACGACAUCAAAUACCACUUGAGUGGCAUCGAUGUGUCCAACACGUCCGCCAUGCGAUGUCUUAGUAUCAUAGGUCUGACGCAACAGGCGAUGCGCCCGGAGUUUCGGAUGCAUUUGCGAGCGCACGACGAUAUGCCGCGAAUCAUCAGUGCCUUAAUGGACGCCCCGUCGGACGCCAACCUCGCCCUCUGCACGGCGUGUCUCAUGUUUGUGUACAGUCAGGACCGGCUCACGAUGGACAUCGACCCCAACGCCCUGUCCCUUAUGCUGCAGCUCCUGGAGACCCGUAGCGACGAGUGCAACGGCGUCGACACCAAAAACAAGAAUAAAGUGAAGGACUUAUGCGAGCAGAUGAAGAAGAAGGGCAUACAUGUGGCCAAGUAUUUGAAGUUAUCUGAGAUUACGGCCGGAAAUCUGGCGAUGGAGACCCUCCUGGGACUGACCUCUAAGAGGGCCGGCGACUGGUUUAAGGAAGAGUUGAGACGUAUUAAGGGAAUCGACUUUAUCUUGGAUACAGUGCUCCGGUGCUCGCAGUUCAACGAUGACGAGGGCUUUAUGGUUAAAAUCGAUCGGUGUAUGCAUGUGCUCGAGAAUGUAACGCUGAAUAACAUUGAAAAUCAAGAAUAUCUACUGAAGUACAAAGAGGGUCAGCUGAUGGGCACAUGUAUCCAAUUAUUGCAUUCGUGUAAAUACCGUAUAUUAUUGUCAAACGAUUCCAAAGUGUUUUUGUCGGCGUUUUUCUCCAUUUUACGCGUUUUAACUCAUCUCACGUCUGAAAGUGCCGACGGUUGUUCCACAAUUGGUUCGCACGACGGGAUCAUAGACUUACUGCUGGAGUCGAUUGUGGAGUUGCCGUCAUUUAUAAUGUCGGACCAGCGCUUCGACCUAAUGGUCAUACUUCUGUGCCUUUGCAUCAAUUUAGUCGAGUUUUGUCCACAAAUGCGAGACUUAGUCGUCGGCAGCGAUUCAAAGCUCAAGGAUUUAAUUGAAUUGCUAUUCAAACGCAUAGAGGAGGCGCAGCGCACGGAACAGCAGACCGAUGAGCUCCUGGAGUCGCACGAAAAGGUUCAGAUGACCGAAGCCAUGAGGGACUCCCUGUUGCACACGAUGCUGUCCCAAUCGGGCAAUCAUAUGGAGCACAGCAUAAUCGCCGCCUGUAUAGCGCUACUGUUGGGCUGUACUAUUCAGGAUAACAUGAGGUAUACCAAUAUCGUGAGGUCUAACCUACCGAACCUGUCGUUCGACCCGUUGGUGGAAGUGUUGCAAAAGCUCCGGGACUUUGCCUACUUAGCCGACAUAAUGACCAAAAAAGGCAAAGAGAGAGUCGACCGAAUCAUUCAAGUGUUCAAAUCGUCUUAACAUUGAUAGACAUCUCUAUUAUAAAUGAGAUUUUUCAUGAUUAGCGUCAAAACAAUGAAUACAAAUGUGUUUUUUAAAAAUUGCAAACUAAAUGAUUAUUAUAUUUACCGGAGACAUAAUUUAUUUUAUAUUUUUAUUUCAUUGGCGUCGAGAAUCGUAAAUAUAAUUUUGGAUUCAUUUCAGAAGUUAUGUAUAAAUUUGUGCACAAUUUUUUUCUCUAUCACUUAACGUCUGUCUCUCUGUGAACAUGACUUUUACGACUGUAAAAACAUUUGAUUCAUUUUGUUCAGACAAAUCGCUACCGAUUUUAGCUUUAAUUUUGUUGAAUUUAUUUUUAAAAACUGAAUUUAAUGUACAAUAUUUACUAAAUUCGCGGACAAAAUGAUAUGACAAGUAUUUUCC